UAAGCGGCGGGAGCCGGGGCGGCCGCGGCGCGAUCGCAUCGUCCCCGCGAGGCAGCACCGGGCACCGACACCGGGCACGGGACACCGAACACCGGACACUGAACACCGGGCACUGAACGCCGGGCACCGGCUGUCGGCACUGGGCACCGAACACCGGGCACAGGGUACCGCCACCGGACAACGGGCACCGGGCACAACCACUGGCACCGCGGACCGGGCACCGGCACCGACACAGACUCAGCCACCGGCUCCGGCUCCUGCGCGCCCGGCGCGGCCCGGUCCGCUCCAGGAACAAUGGCAGAGCCCUUCCUCGUGGAGAGCCCCGACGUCACCUACAGCAAGGACUUCAUCGAGGCCAAGUACACCUACAGCACCGUGCACGUCUGCAAGGAGAACGGCGUCACCAAGGUGCGGCCGUGCUCCACCCGCUUCACCUUCCGCACGGGCCGGCAGGUGCCGCGCCUGGGGGUGAUGCUGGUGGGCUGGGGGGGCAACAACGGCACCACGGUGACGGCGGCCGUGCUGGCCAACAGGCUGGGGCUGUCCUGGAUGACCAAGACCGGGCGCAAGACAGCCAACUACUACGGCUCCCUGCUGCAAGCCUCCACCGUGUGCCUGGGCACCGGCCCCUCGGGUGACGUCCACGUGCCCUUCCGGGACCUGCUGCCCAUGGUGCACCCCAACGACAUCGUCUUUGACGGCUGGGACAUCUCCUCGCUGAACCUGGCGGAGGCCAUGAGGCGGGCGGAGGUGCUGGAGUGGCCGCUGCAGGAGCAGCUCUGGCCGCACAUGGAGAAGAUGAAGCCCCGAGCCUCCAUCUACAUCCCCGAGUUCAUCGCCGCCAACCAGGAGGAGCGGGCGGACAACGUCCUGCGGGGCUCCAUGGCCGAGCAGGUGGAGCAGAUCCGCCGGGACAUCCGAGACUUCAAGGAGAGCAGCGGGGUGGACAAGGUCAUCGUCCUGUGGACGGCCAACACGGAGAGGUUCUGUGACAUCGUGCCGGGGCUCAACGACACCGCCGACAACCUGCUGAGGGCCAUCGAGCGCGGUCUGGAGGUGUCGCCGUCCACGCUCUUCGCCGUGGCCAGCAUCCUGGAGGGCUGUGCCUACAUCAACGGCUCCCCCCAGAACACCUUCGUGCCGGGGGCCGUGGAGCUGGCCGCCCAGCGCCGCGUCUUCAUCGGCGGCGACGACUUCAAGUCGGGCCAGACCAAGCUCAAGUCGGUGCUGGUGGAUUUCCUGGUGGGCGCCGGGCUCAAGACCAAGUCCAUCGUCAGCUACAACCACCUGGGCAACAACGACGGCAAGAACCUGUCGGCGCCGCAGCAGUUCCGCUCCAAGGAGAUCUCCAAGAGCAACGUGGUGGACGACACGGUGCAGGCCAACCCCGUCCUCUACGGCCCCCAGGACAAGCCCGACCACUGCGUGGUGAUCAAGUACGUGCCCUACGUGGGGGACAGCAAGCGGGCGCUGGACGAGUACACGUCCGAGAUCAUGAUGGGCGGCACCAACACCAUCGUCAUCCACAACACCUGCGAGGACUCGCUGCUGGCCAGCCCCAUCAUCCUGGACCUGGCCAUCCUGACGGAGCUGUGCCAGCCUCCUCACACCUCGCUCGGCCCAGCCGGGCCCCCCCGCCGCCGCCGCUGUCGCCGCUGUCGCCGCCGCUGCCGCCGGGGGUCGCGCUGCCGGGGGGGCCUGCGCUGGGCCGGGCUCGCUGCCCCCCCCCCGGGCCCGGCCGCGCCCCCCCCGCGCCCCCCGCCCGCCUCGCCGCCUGCCCCCCCGGGGGUCCGCGGGGGUCCCCGCCGGCUCCCUUACGCUGUCGCUCUGGAAGGGGUUUAG